AUGGUCUCCUGCUACGCCUCCCACGGCCUCGCGCGCCAGGCCUGGGUGCUCUUCGCCGCCUUGCGCCGCUCCGGGGCGCUCGCCCCCGACGGGUUCACCUUCAGCGCCCUGCUCCGUCCGCCGCCGCGCCGUCGCCGUCACCGCCACCCCGCCGCCGAUGCCGUCGUCGACGCCGGGAUGCUGCUCGCGAUGGGAGCCCUGGCGCACGGCCUCGUGCUCAGGCUGGGUCUCCUCGCCGACGUGGUGGUCACCACCGCUCUGCUCGACAUGUACGCCAUGUGCGGCGGCCGGGUCGACGAGGCGCGCUGGGUGUUCGUCUGCUACGGUCGGGUUUGUGGAGGCAAGGACGCUGUUGACCACUUCCGGCGGAUGCUCAGAGACGGGAGCUGCUCCCCCGAUGAGCUCACGCUUGCCAGCGUGCUAAGUUCCUGCGCCAGCAUGGCGGCAGCAAACGAGGCUACUCAGGUUCAUGCUCAUGCCGUAAAGAGGGGGUUUCACGAGUUUCUGCAGGUGGCCAAUGCUGUUAUCACGGCGUAUGGCAAGACCGGUUUUGUUCGAGAGGCGACACAAACGUUUGCUAUGAUCUGCGACCCAGAUGUAGUUUCAUGGUCCUCUAUGGUUUCGGCUUACGCGUACCUUGGACUAUCGAAGGGUGCAGUUCAUGUGUUUGAGAGAAUGAUCCAACAAGGCAUACUGCCUGACGGCGUUGCCUUCCUCGGAGUUCUUUCUGCCUGUAGCCAUGCUGGUCUUAUUGAAGAAGGCUUACACUAUUUCCUUAUGAUGACGAGGGGCUACAGAACCGAUCCAAAUCCACAGCAUCUUGCUUGCCUGGUUGAUCUCUUAGGGAGAGCUGGCAGGAUUGAAGAUGCUUACAACAUUGUUAUCAAGCUUUCUUGCGAGAGCAAGGCUGAUAUUGUUGGAGCUUUCCUUGGUGCUUGUAAGAUGCGGGGCAAAAUUGAGUUGGCAAAGUGGGCUGCAGAUAGGCUUUUAUGCUUGGAACCAAGUGAGGCAGUAAAUUAUCUGCUUAUGUCCAAUGCAUUUGCUGCUGCAGGAGCUUGGAACGAGCUUGCAAAAGUAAGAAGUGUGAUGAGACACAGGUGUGGCAGCAAGGUUCCUGGCUGUAGCUGGAUAGAGAUAGGUGGAACGGUUCAGACAUUUGUCUCCAACGAUGUGGUGCUCCAUCAGUCGACUGAAAUGCAACAAAUGAUGCAGCUUACUAUUUCAGAAGCACGAAAAGAGUGGAACGAAGACACAACUUGUGAUGAUCCAAUUUUAGUUCGAGAAUGGCAGUGA